ACCACAUCAAUGUAAGGGAGUCGGACGGCAAAAUUCUUUGUCUGUCAGUAUUCCGUGAUCAAACAGUGUACAUAUCAGGCUGUUUUAAUUUAUUUAAGUAAGUAACGUGGGCAUUGAAAAUGGAGAUUACAUAUAACUACUUGCCGAGAAUUGAAGCUACGUCGCUGGUUUCCAGAGUAGUAAAUACCUAAGAGCAAGCUGGAGCCUACCGUUUAACUUCUGCCUACCAAAAGAGGCCUGAUGCACCAGCGGUGAUCGUGGUGUAAACGUUAUUCCUGGGGAGGGUGCUGCAGCAUUCACCUUCUGCCAUCUGUUAGGAGUAUAGUUGUACAACACUCGUCAUUGUCUUGGCAUGAGUUGUGAUCAAGAAUCUGAACAGAAACCUCAUAGUAUACCCAAGUGCUGCUCUGAAAUUCAUUACAGAUGCUGCUCACCUGGCUGGAAGGGACAGUCUGUCAGUGUAGGUAUGAAGAUUCACCAAUUGGCAUCUUGCUGGAAAGGACAAUCCGACUAUGUUACUAAGUGCUUCUCUCACAAACAGUUGCCUACAACAAAUUUUCUCAUUAGUUGUGAUAUGCAGUUGGAUGACUUUCAUUGUGGAGAACAGGAAAUGUCCCUCAUUAUUCCAAAUCCUAUGACUUACAAACUCGGUGCUUCUCCAGUUUUAGUACACCUUCAGAACUACUUUCAGAAAACCUGAUGUACCAGCAAUGAUAGUGGUGUGAACCUUAUUCCUGGGGAGUGUGCUGCAGUGUUUACAGUGCACCGUCUGUUCGAAGUAGUUCUAGAACGCUCGUCAUCAUCUUGGCUUAAGUCGUGAUUAAGAGUUUGAACAUAACCUCAUAGUUUACCUAUGCGCCGCUCUGGAAUUCAUUACAGCAUGGAUAUUGGUAAGCCCAAGACUUAAAUCAUGGAUGCGAAAGACAUCCCCCUAGAGGCCAACAGCAUCUGAAAUUCUUAGGUCCAAGUACUGACUUAGCCCCAACAUUUCUAACCAUGGACGCGAAAGACAACCCCUAGAUGUCAACAGCACCAAGUGUUCCCAUGAGGUCACCCAUCCAAGUAAUGCCCAAUCAUUGCUAAACUUUGCUGGCCAAUGGCUGUUAUGCCCACAGUCCGUAAAGACAGAGCCAACAGUGUCGAGAUUGAAGGACUAACCUGACCGUCUUUAAUCGACCAAUUCUUUCAAACGUCGAGGCAUCAAGACAUGCCCUGGCCAUGGCAACGUUUUCGAGCAGGAAUACGAAGGAAUGAAGAAACAUCCACAUACUUGACCAUCACACAGGCUAAGUAAAAGAAAUUCCAAGUCUAUGUCCAUAGAGAGGGGGCAAAAACAACCAGUGUUGUAUCUCAGUUGUGCAGUAAUUGUAGACAGCAGUGGAACAUCCAUUUGAAAGUACAAUGCCUGCACAGACAUGACCAUUUGCACAGACAUUUUCAUCUUGUAGAGUGAAUCUUGGCUAAGGAUAAUCAGAAAACUGCAUUAACAUAAAAAAAAAAUAAAAAAUCACGGCCAUGCAAUAUUUAGACAAAAGCAAGGCUACAUCUGCCUAACCCAGGCAACUCAUACAAUAUGAAGCAAAAAAACUAGGUCGUGCAACAACAUUGCACAGCUAUGAAUUCUUCCUUCCAUGUAAAGUGAAUCUUCAGCUUGGAUGUUUGGAAACUGCAGCGCCAUUGCUGAAAAGGGCAACCAGGAACUGUUCUUGAAGGAAAAAGCACUGAAGAGAAGUCCUAGUAUGUUAAGAACUACUCUGACACUUCAGAAACACUUGUCUGUGUUCCGAAGGGCAAUGAAAGGAAGGGGAAAGACUACAAUCUGUGCAAGAGCAGCACCACUGACAGCAGACACAUGGUGAGGGAGGUACAUCUGGGGAACCCGUGUCCAUGGUCUACAGCAAAGAUGAAGGAGAAGGCUCAACUUCUGCAAACCCAACAUCAAAGGAGAAGGCUCAACUAAUACAAAUCCAACGUCGAAGGAGAAGGCUCGACUAAUGCAAAUCUAACAUCGAAGGAGAAGGCUCGACUUCUGGAAAUCCAACAUCGAAAUCUGGGAGGGGGAAGAAGUAGCUCUUGAAGUUAUGAACCACGGCAACGAAGUGUGCACACACCCAAACCAAAAUGCAUGGCUGAACGUGGCUCGUUGGGCGCAGCUCCAAUGGUGGGUCGUCUUCCUCCAAUCACAAUGUAUUCUUCCAUCCAAUAUCUCUAGAAGGGAAGAAAGGUGGAGAAACUGCGAUACAUCAUACGACGAAGAAAAAAGUAUGGGGGGGGGUGAAGGAACUUCAUCAAGGAAAGCUUCCCAAGACUUCUCUUCCUUCAAUACAGGAACGAGAGGGGAGGCAGAGUAGAAAUGCCCGAUCCCUCUCCCCCCACACUCCCAAGAGGGAGCAAGAACCAGCGACAGGAAUCAUAGACAGAACUGCUACUGGUCUUGGAGACGACUUGUCGAAAUCAGAAACUGUCUAAAGGACCUGCAACAUCAACCUCAGCUUCUUGCUCGUGAUGAGAGGGGGGAUCCAUGCUGGAAGGUCUCAUAUGACAGUUACAAAACCACCACACUGAAGCAAAAGAACCCUCCUAUAUCUCAAUGUUUCUCAAUCUCUACUUUAUCUGAAAAGACUAAAACAUUACAACGUUCCAAGUUAUUGUGUAAUCGUAAGAAAAACUUGGCUUGUUCAGUGAGAAAACACUUCAGAACAAACAGAAAAAGGAUGUAAAAUAAGGAUUUUUGAUAUAAUGACGUUGAGAAAUGUCCAAAAAUAGAACAGUUGGUGCCCGUAUCCCUUAGCACUUAUGCCUAAAGUUAUAUAUAUAUACGUAUAUAUAUAACUGUUGAGCUAUAUGAUGGUUUCCCUUCUGAACUCCUACAUCCACAGAAUGGACUAUACCUCAAGUUAUAUAUAAAGCUGUUGAGCUAUAUGAUGGUUUCCCUUCCAAAAUCCUACAUCCACAGAAUGGUCCAUUUCUUUUGGAGAUUUCAAUUACUUACGAAGGAUUCAGGACCCUACAGCAGCCUGAAUGAAAAGUAAGGAUACCCACAAUGUCAAUAAUGCUAAAAACUUGCAAAUGUUUUGGCAAAUACACAAAUAUCCUAGUGCAAUUUCCUUUAUCUAUUCUUUACUCAUUAUCUUAUUACUACCAAUUAUUAAUCCAUUUCACUGAGCAGGAAGAAGCAAACUGGCAAUGAACUCAAAAAGUAAACGUGUCGUAUAGAAACCAUGAGCAUUAAAAUGGAUAUUAUCACUUUAAGUAGUUUAACUUGAGUCAUCAUUCUGAUAAAAAAGCAGUAGUUUAACUUGAGUCACCAGUCUGGUCAAAAAAUGACAAUUUGUCCAAAAUUGCAUUUUUCCUAACUAUACAAACCUGAGGUCCUUUUACAAUAGGAAGGUACUAGCGGCAGCUGGAUAGGUCGUAAGCUUUCGAACAAGGGGUUCGGUAGUUAACUGCUUGUCCGACAGGCGCGCGCGCGCGACUGGGAGGUAAACAAAUCACUUUUGCUUUUGGCCCAAGCAAAAACUGCAGAGUGAGGGGUGGCAUGAGGUGGGACUAUGUGUA